AUGCGGUCUUUCAUAAAAGCCCAUAAGAAGUCCACGUCGUUUGAUGAAAGCCCCAAGCGACAUAGCAACUUCAGUGGCAAUACUAAUAAUAGUUCUCAAAGGUCAAGUGAUGACUCCUUAGACUUUCUACCAUCUACACCAUCACAAAUGAAUUACGAUAGCAUUCCACCACCCGCGAAACACUCACCUGGAUUUGAGUCUUUCCAUCGUUUGGCUAACAAGACUUCAAAGUUGUUCAAGAAAACUUCAAACUCAAACUUAAACUCGCAUUUAGCUUCAACUCCAACCACAAGCACAAAUCAGACUACUUCAAAUUCAUUUGUUCUCCAAAAUCCACCCACAAAAAAUACUGGACCUCCGCCGCCAUUACCACCGCCGCUCUUUCCUUCCUCUUCUACCUCUUCCUUUUCACGUCAUGACAAUGAAAGUGAAUAUACUGCAUAUAAAAAAACUUCUCCUGCAAAAGAUUUUAAUAGAACCACAGACUCUCUGCCUGCUAUUAAGGGCACAAUUACUCAUUCGUGGGGAGAUUCCAAGGUCGAAUCGCACGUAAUAAUAUUAAACGAUCCUGCUUCCCCAGCAUCAAACACAUCUGAAGCGACUUCUUCUAAACAAUUCAAAACCCCUAUCAUUGGCAAUGAAAAUCUAACUUCAACUACAUCACCAUCUAACCUGGAACCUGCCAUAAGAAUAUUGAACAAGAACAAGGGUAAACAGCAGGAAAAUAUCGACGAUGCUGAGGACGGGUCAUCUAAGAAGGAACAUCAUGUUUAUAAAGCAUUAGCGCUUGCCAAAAAUAGAAACAGACAAGCAAGAAUUCAUUCUCAUGAUGAUAUAAUAAAUUUGGGAAAGGCUUCUCAAAUGGAUAUGAGUCUACUAGCCGCUGCGUUUUCCGGAAAUUCAACCACCACCAUUAAUAAUGACCAAUCUUCUAAUGAACAAACCGAUGAGAAAAUAUUAGACAUCGAAAGAGUGACCACUACUUCCACUUUAACCUCUUCCGAAACCACAUCACCAAUAAACAAGUCACCUUGUUUUUAUAGUCAAACACUUUCCCUCUCACCAAAGAUACGACACGGCGACUUACAAUCAUCACCUUCAAAAGUGAACAAAAACGAUAGUCAAAACGAGACCUUGAACAAGAAAAAAGUAAGGAUUAGUCUUAAUAGAAAAGAAGAAGAAAAGGUGUAUUCCCUCAACAACAAUUCCGAUGAAUACUCUGUCAAUGAAAAAGAAACCCAUAAAGCCAACGAUUGUAAUGACGAAUCUUCUGAAAACGGUGAUGGCGAUAAUGAUCAUGAUGAUGAUUAUGAUGACGAUGAUGAUGACGAUGAUGAUGAUGAUGAGUCGGAAUUUUCGUUUGAAUAUGCCGGCAUAAACGUAAGGACAUCAUCUGUAAAGUAUUACUCCAAACCGGAACCGGCGGCAAAUGUAUACAUAGACGAUCUAUAUGAGGAUGAGAACUUUGAUGACGAUAUGAAUUGUAUAGAAGAUGAUGAGAGUGGUAAUGAGGGAAACGAAAUAUGCGGUUUAUCGACUCGAUUCGAAGAAACAUCCUUGAAAAGCAAUAAAGUCAAAAAGUUCAAUGAUCUUUUUAACUUGAGCGAUGAUGAUGAGGAGGAGGAUGGUAAAGAUAACAGUAACAAUGGAGAUGAAAAUGAGAGUGAUAAUCUUUAUCAAAAACGAUUAGAAAACGGGAAAGAAACUUUUAAUGGUAACCAUGGCGGACACCAUGAUGAUGCAUCUCUUGGAGAAACGGUUGACAACAAAGAGCAGUUUCUAAUAAACGAUAAUGUCAAGAAGCCUAUUCAAAAAUACAAUGACCUUUUCGAUUUGUCUGAUGAGGACGAUAACGACGACAAAGAGAUGUCAGAAGCUGAGUCUUAUAUGUUUUCCGAUGAAGCUCCUAGUAUAGAAAGUGGACCAGCAAAUGCAAAAUCAACACGGGGGAUCUAUAGUCAAUCUAACAAAAAUAUCAUACGUGAUGGAAAGCCGAACUAUAGUUUCUCUCUCAAAAGGAAUAAUUCGGAUGAUGAAACGGAGCACACUUCUGCAAUAAAGGCUUCCCUUACAGGUACUACUGGCUCUACCAAGCCUACAGUAAAGUCGUUUUCAGAUAUAUUUAAUGUUGAUGAUAGUGCAAGUGACGCUGAAAGUGAUUCUGGGACAGGAGGGAACAAUUCUAACGGCUUAGUAUCCAAUGAUUCAGAAAGGCAGGUCUCCCUGCAAAGUUCUUUGUAUGAAACCAAAUCAGAAUCCCAUCCUCCCAAUCAUCCUCAUUCGCAGAUUCUUCAAACACCGGCUAAGAUUGUAAUAACUCCAAGCGUUUCUGAUGCGCAAUCACAAGCCCUUGCAAUCACCGAUGAUGAUGGUGAAGAUGAUGAUGAUGACACUAGUAGCAUACUAAGAACUCCGUUUCAACUUAUUGAUUCCUCUCAUUCACAGCAGCCGCACUAUGCGAGCCCACAGUAUACGGCUGUACUCAAUAGCCCCCCUCUUCCGCCGCCAGCUAGGUCUCAAUCACUAAAAUAUCAUGACUUAAAUUGCGAUUUAGAUUCAGAAGUCCCCAGACCAAUGAGUAAUCUCUUUUUCAUUGAUGAAGCUGAGGAAGACGAAUACAAUCAGAAAAGUAAGUUUUUUGAUUUCGACCACUACGACAUCGAUGAAAUUAAUGGCAUUCCAGAGGAUUUUAACUUCUCUGAUUCUGAAAGAGAUGAUCUUAAUCGUCGUACACUGAAAUCUCCUUUACGGGGCGGCUCCAAGAAUAGAGAAGUCUCUCCUUUUUCAUCUGUGUCAUCGUCUUUCAGAAGUACGCAUAGUUUUAAUGGGAAAUUAACGAUCAACCAAGGGGCUAAAGAAUUAGCUCCGAUGAAAAAUAAGAUUGAACUUACAAACAAGACUGUCACCUUCUUUAACAGUAAUAAUUGGAAUACUUAUGACUGCAAUUCACUCUCCCGAAAAACUUCAUCCCAAAUGAGAGAUAGUAAAUAUCAAAAUCAUAAUGUUGGUCAAAACGUAGAACCUUCAAGUGUUCUUUCGCCACAACAUCAAAUAUCGAAUGGUUUAGAUGGAAAAUGCAAUGAUAACUACGUAAUCUCACCAAAUUUACCGACAACUAUCACACCAACUAAUUCAUUUACUAAACCCACACCGGAGUUCUCAAAUGACUACUCAUUAAGCCCUAUUCAGGAGACACCAUCUUCUGUUCAAAGCUCGCCAAAGAGAGCGUGA